AUGACAGUAUCAUAUAUGCAUAAUAUUGGCAAUGCCGGUUUUCGUAAUAUUUUAAAAGUUUUAUUAAGAUGGAGAGGUAGUGUAUGGAAAGCAGUUAUAGUUGAACUUAUUAUAUGGUCAAUUAUUUAUACAAUAUUAAGUGUUAUUUAUAGAGUUGUUUUAAAUUCUGAACAAAAAAGAGUUUUUGAAUCAGUUACAUUAUUAUGUCGAGAGUAUGGUGAUUUUAUACCAUUAACAUUUAUGUUAGGUAGUUUUGUAACAACAAUUAUAACAAGAUGGACAAAAAUAUUUAAUACAAUACCAUGGUCAGAUGAUUUUAGUUUAUAUAUUGCUGCAUAUCUUGAAGGAACUGAUGAAAGAGCUAUUUUAAUGAGAAGAUGUAUAGUUAGACAUAUUAUUGCUUUACAAGUUAUGGUAUUUAGACUUGUAAGUCCUAGAAUAAAAAAAAGAUUUCCAACAUUUGAUGAAUUUAUUGGAGCAGGAUUAUUAACAAGUGAAGAACGUGAACAAAUGAAAAAUGAUAUGUGUUUUCAUUUACCUGUUAGAUGGGCAUUUCAAAUUGUUAUGAAAGCAAGAAAAGAAGGUAAAAUAAAAAGUGAUCAAGCUAUUCAAGAUAUCUAUAGAGUUUUAAAUGAUUUUCGGGCAAAAUGUAUAGGUAUUUUUCUUGUUGAUUUUAUACCAAUACCAUUAAGUUAUACACAAGUUGUCUUAUUAACUGUUAGAAUUUAUUUUAUUAUUGCAAUUAUUGGAAGACAAUUUCAUACAAAUGAAUCUGAUCGUAGUCCAACCUCAAUUGAUUUAUAUGUACCAUUUUUAACAAUGUUUCAAUUUAUUUUUUAUGUAGGAUGGGCUAAAGUUGCUGAAGCAUUAUUAAAUCCUUUUGGAAGUGAUGAUGAUGAUUUUGAAGUAAAUUGGAUAUGGGAAAGAAAUUUAAAAGUUGGAUUAAGUACUGUUGAAUCAAAUAUUGGUUAUAGACCACCAUUAUGUAGAGAUAACCUUUUUAAGGGUGAUGAUUUUGAUUUGGGUGAAUUAUUAGCAACACAUGGUGAUAAAUAUGGUGGAUCUGAACCAUUAGUUGGUUCGGCUGUUUUAGAUGCAAUAGGUGGUGAACAAAGAAUAAAUGUUCUUUCAAGAAGAAGAUCCCUAUUUCCAGAUAGUUAUUAUGAUACAGAAUCAGAUAGAGCAAGUAUUUUACCAAAUACUAAACAAACAAUACGUCAAAGACUAGCAAGUAUUGUAAGUAAUAUAACAUCAGGAUCAGCUAAGGGCACAUCUAUCAUAAAUAUUAAAGAAAAAGGACAAAAAUUUAAAUCUGAUGCAUUAGAAAUUGUAAAAGAUGAUUCAAAUUUAACAGCAUCAUAUAUUAAAAUGGACAAUGAUUACAAGGGUAAAUGUAUUAUUAAUCCUGGUUAUCUACAAACAUCAAAUAAUCGCUUAUCACCAAGAAGUAUGGAUAUGAAAAUGAUGUAUGAUGAAAAAAUAGAAGAAGGAAAUGAAGAUGAAUGUUAUAGUGCUGAUAAUGAUUCUGAUAUGACGGGUAUUGUUAAAAUUGAAGAUGCUGUUGCUAGAAAAAUAUCAAAAAAUAAUGACAUUAUAAUUGAUUUAUCAUUAAAUAUUGAUAAUGAUAGUUUAGUUAUGUCUAAAGAUUCAUUGUCCCAACAAAAUUCAAAUUAUACUCCAUCAAUUGAUUCAAGUAUAUCAAAUUUACCAAAUAAUUCAUUAGUAAUUAGUCAACGUUGCAACAAAAUAACAAAAAAACCAUAUAUUGUAUUAAGUUUACCAAAAUCAAUUAAAAAUAACAAAAAAAGACUUAAAAGUAUAAAAAAAAUGAAAAAUAAUAGAGAAAGUUCAACAUCAUUAGAAAGUAAAGAGGAAUUUAAUAAUAAAUCAAAAAAUAUUAAUAAUAUACAUAUUGGUAGUAGUAGUGUAGAUGAUGAAUAUGAUAAUAUAGAUCAUAUUAAAUUUUAA